AUGACUGCAACUUCGUUACCCUCGUUGAAUGUUAUUAAGAUACAAAUCUUGAAAGUCUUAGCACCCUCAAAGAUUAAGAUUUUCCUCUGGAAAGCGGUCAGUGGCACAACCAGAGGCAUUAAGAUGGACAUGCGAUGUCAAGUUUGUGGGUUGCAGGGUGAAUCGAUCAACCACAUCCUGUUUACUUGCACCAUUGCCAGACAAAUCUGGGCACUCUCAGGUUUACCAAGUCCAGUAGGUGGGUUUUCACUUAAUUCCAUCUAUGCGAAUAUGUAUGAUGCCUUGCUUAUGGGUAAGAAUUCAAAAAUUGACAUAAGCAUUCGAAGAUCUUUCCCUUGCAUUUUAUGGUUGCUCUGGAAAAAUAGAAACAACCUUAUCUUUGAAGGAAGGCUCUUUUUGGUAACUGAUCUGGUGUUGAAAAUCAGAGAAAGUUCUCAUGAAUGGUUCCAAGCACAGGAACUUUCUCAGGAAGAAGAAGAAAUCAACAACCUGCAGUCUCCGCCUAAAGACUCGAAAUCUUGGAGACCGCCGUCUAAGCCAUGGUUGAAAUGCAAUGUGGCUACCUCAUGGAAUCAGGAGAAAAGCUUAUGUGGAGCCUCCUGGGUUCUAAGAAACUAUGAAGGAAGAGUCCUCAUGCAUGCUAGAACCGCUAUUUGUGAUGUUGACACCAAGGAUACUGCACAGCUCCAAGGAAGCCUAUGGGCCAUUGAGAGUAUGAGAAGCUUGAAAAUCCCGAGAGUGAUGUUUGCGCAGGACACAAAGGAAUUAGUCGGCGCCACAAAUCGUCCUGAUGCGUGGCCUAAUUUCAGAUACCACUCGGAAUGCCUUCUCCGGGCCUUGGCUUCCCUCCCUCAUUGGAGGACAGUAUUAGAAGAUAGAAAAACGAAUCUGGGAGCUUUUUUGAUUGCUCGAAGUGUCACAAGGGAGGACCGGUUGCAAUCAUAUAUAGCCUUAGGCUAUCCUUUUUGGUUACAGAAACUAUUCGAAAAUGAGAAAUGCAUUACGCCUGUGUAA